AUGGCGCUGUCGCAGUGCCUGCGCAAAGCGGAGGCCAGCCGCUCGGUAUUUUCCCGGAGCUAUGGAGAGAAGGUGCGUUUUGGAGUCAUGGUCGAGGUGGGAGUGCGUGCUGUUAUCCGCUGUGAAUGGGCACGUGGAGUAUCAGGCACAGAAAUUCAUAACCGCCUUGUUGAGAUGUAUGGGUCAAAUUUGGUCCGCGGCGGGUUCCAGCCGCGCCUUCCGACUUCGCUGCCGCCCCCAAGGCAGCAGCAGCAGCCGUCGCCGCUACCACGCCGACAGCCCGUCCCGUUGAUGCCUCCCGCGCAGCUUCAUCCGGGAGCGCCCCAGGUGGUCGCUCCGGCUCCUGCGGUCCCUCUUCAGUCGCCACCGCCUUCGGAGCUGAUGGACGUCGACCCCUCAGCCGGGCCGCCUUCCCAAGCGGUGGCUGUGCAGCCUGUCCUGCAGCCGCUUUCCUUGGGCACCCCCAAGGAGUCUGACACCGCAGCGCCUUGUCCGGCACCCACUCCGCAGCCGUCGACGCAGCGUCAGGAGACGCUGCCUCUCUUCGUGGGUCCCGACGCCCCGUCGCGUCCAGGGAAGGGCGUGCACGUGUACGACGGCCGGCGCAGCACGCGCUCCGCCCCCGACGCGGAGGCAGAGCUCCCGCCGCCCCCGGGCUCGCUGCUGGCGCUCUCACUGCCACCCCCGCCGCCUCCGGAGCGAUGGCGCCGCGCGGGACGCGACGCCGCCGACGCCGCGCCGUGGCGGCACGCCAUCCACGGUGGCACCGACGCCGACGCGGCGGCGUCCUCCGAGUCGUCGUCGGACGGGGGCGGGCCAACGCCGACGCCGCCUCCCCCGCCACCGUCGGAAGCUCCCGCGCGAGCCACGGCUGCCCGUCACGCCGCGCCGUCGGUCCGCCGCACUCGCGCACACGACACACAAAGCACACGGCACACGCGACGCCGCCUCCCACCUCCCGCCGCCGCGGCCGCUGCAGGCCUACUGAACGGCGCGGCGCACAGCUGCUGCCGCGCCUCGCCGGGCCCCACUAGACGCUCCGCAGCUUACGUAACGGCCCCAUUGAACGCUGGCGCACACGCCACGGAGCUACUCCCUACCCCGCACUGUACACACUUCCGCUACUCGCUACGGCGUGCUUACGUCACUGACAGCGGCGCGCGGCUGCACCGACACAUACGGAACGCUCCGAUCACUCACUGUAGAACUUCAAACACUACCGACAACAACGGACAGAAGGAAACAUCCGGUUCUUGA